UCAGUUCUAUUGUCUCUUUCUCUCACAUUGCCAAUGUCCUCUUCAGUUCUAUUGUCUCUUUCUCUCACAUUGCCAUUGUCCUCUUCAGUUCUAUUGUCUCUUUCUCUCAUAUUGCCAAUGUCCUCUUCAGUUCUAUUGUGUCUUUCUCUCACAUUGCCAUUGUCCUCUUCAAUCCUAUUGUCUCUUUCUCUCACAUUGCCAUUGUCCUCUUCAGUUCUAUUGUCUCUUUCUCUCACAUUGCCACUGUCCUCUUCAGUUCUAUUGUCUCUUUCUCUCACAUUGCCAUUGUCCUCUUCAGUUCUAUUGUCUCUUUCUCUCACAUUGCCAUUGUCCUCUUCAGUUCUAUUGUCUCUUUCUCUCACAUUGCCACUGUCCCUUCAGUUCUAUUGUCUCUUUCUCUCACAUUGCCAUUGUCCUCUUCAGUUCUAUUGUCUCUUUCUCACAUUGCCAUUGUCCUCUUCAGUUCUAUUGUCUCUUUCUCUCAUAUUGCCACUGUCCUCUUCAGUUCUAUUGUCUCUUUCUCUCACAUUGCCAUUGUCCUCUUCAGUUCUAUUGUCUCUUUCUCUCACAUUGCCAUUGUCCUCUUCAGUUCUAUUGUCUCUUUCUCUCAUAUUGCCACUGUCCUCUUCAGUUCUAUUGUCUCUUUCUCUCACAUUGCCAUUGUCCUCUUCAGUUCUAUUGUCUCUUUCUCUCAUUUUUCACUUCUAUUGUUUUCUACCAUCUCUCUUUCUUCCUUUUUCCUUCUCUCUUUCUCUCUUACCCUUCUCUUGUUUUCUACCGUUUUUCUCUCUCUCUCAUUUUUUCCUUCCCUUACUUUUUUUCACUUCUUUCUCACUCACUUACUCUCUUUUUCUCCCACCUUUCCUUUCUUUUACUUUCUACCAGUUCUCUCUCUCUCUCUGUUUCAUUUUCCUUAUCUUGAUUUCUACCACUUUUCUAUGACUCUCUCUCUCCUUCUCACAAACAUUCUGUCAACCUCUCUUAUUUACUAUCACCAUAUGCUCAUACGUCCCCUCUCUCUCUCUCUCACACACACUCUCUCUGUUUUCUCUUCUCUUGCUAUCUUCCCCCUCCUACACUUUCUCUCACACUUUUUCCCUCUCACUUUUAGCUUCUCACAUUUUCUAUCACCUCUCUCACUUUCUCGUCUCCCACUUUCUAUCACAUUUCUCUCACAUCUCUACCUUUCCCAUUCUCUCAGUCUUCGUCACCUCUCUUUCUCUAUCACUUUUUCUUCACUGAGUUUCUAUCAUCUUUGUUCAUACUCUGUCUCACAUUUUUCUCUUCUCUCACUUUCUACCCCCCCUCUUUCUCUUUCUAUUUUUCCCUACCACCUCUCUCAUACCCUUUUCUUUCAUUUUCUACCACAUCUCUCAGUCUCCCUCUCACAAACUCUCUUUCUUUCUUUCUUAAUUUUCCCUUCUGUUGCUUUUGACCACUACUCUCUCACACGCUUUCUAUUUUCCCUUCUCUUGCUUUCUACCACCUCUCUCACCCUCUUUUCUCUCUUUUUUCUACCACCUAUUUCACACUAUUUCCAUUUCAUUCUCCUUUUGUACCACCUCUCUAAUAGCCUCUCCCCUUUUUCUAUCCAUUUUUACCACCUUUCACUCUUUUUCGCUUUUUUUUCUAUCAUCUCCCACACACUCUCACUCCCUUUCCCAUACUCUCUCUCUCUUCCUUCUUGCUUUCUACCACUUACUCACUCACUCUCUCUCUGCUUUUUCUUCCUCUUUUUACUGCUUCUUGCACACUCUCUCAAACUCUCUUUCUCUCUUAAUUUCCUCUUCUUUUGCUUUUGA